AUGAUACGAGAAAUCCAGAGCUUGAUGAAUCGAUCCAUUGCCGAUGGAUUUGCUCGGAGCGUAACACUCUCCACUGUGACGUUGGACAAUAAUAGUGGUGUUUGCUGUGAUGAUGCUGUUUCGAGUGUUGUUUCCAGGUCUACACGACAUGAACUACUUGCAUCCGAGAUGAGAGCAACAACUACCAGCACGGGGGGCACGAGUCGUGUUUCUGGGUCAAUUUCAAGCCCUUCAGUGGGACCAGGUGGCAGUGAAGACGAGGUGAUUGUAUCCGCGGACUCGGAACUAGAUGCUGAUUUGGAGCGUGAAUUGUUCGCCCAAGCAGAUGAUUUGUUAGACACAGUUGAAAUUGUUCGUCUGUCUGAAGAUGGAAGAACCACAACGGUAACGCGAUUGGGCUGUUUGGGUAAGCGCUACGUGUUAUUCCUCUCUCUCUCAUUCAUCGUAAGAGGAAUUCAACCUGGUAGACUUCUGGUUGUGAAUUUCUUCUUUAUAACCACCUCAGAAAUGACAGUCAAGCACACUGUUCCGGAUUAG